AUGGCGGGGGUGGUGCAGAGCGUGCAGGUGCUGGCGUCCUCGCUGGGUGCGCUCCCGCCGGAGUUCGUGCGGCCCGAGCACGAGCGGCCGCCCGCCACCACUUUCCGCGGGGCCUCACCGCUGCAGAUCCCAGUGGUCGACAUGUCCUUGCCGGACGCCGGCAGCCGCAUGGUGGAGGCGGCGAGGGAAUGGGGGAUCUUCCAGGCGGUGAACCACGGCGUGCCGGCGGAUGCCGUGGCGGAGCUGCAGCGCGUGGGGCGGGAGUUCUUCGCGCUCCCUCAGGAGGAGAAGCAGCGGUACGCCAUGGACCCGGCCUCGGGGAAGACCGAGGGCUACGGCUCCAGCGUCCAGAGGAGCCCCGGCGACAGGAAGAUAUGGUCCGACAACUUGUUCCACACCAUCUCGCCGCCGGCCGCGGUGAACCACGGCUUCUGGCCGGAGAAACCUAGGGGGUACCGGGAGGCCAACGAGGCGUACUGUGGCCACAUGAGGCGGCUGACGCGGGAGGUACUGGAGCGCCUCUCGGCGGGGCUGGGCCUGGAGGAGGGCGCCAUGGCGGAGGCGUUCGGCGGCGGCGACGACGGCCUGGUGCUCAUGCAGAAGGUCAACUUCUACCCGCCGUGCCCGGAGCCGGAGCUCGUGCUCGGCUUCGCGCCGCACACCGACCUGUGCGCGUUUACGGUCCUCGUAGCCGACGACGUGCCGGGCCUCCAGGUGUCCAAGGACGGGCGCUGGUACGACGUCGAGCACGUGCCAGGCGCCCUCAUCGUCAACGUCGGCGACCAGAUUGAGAUCUUGAGCAAUGGGAGGUACAGGGCGGUGCUGCACCGGGUGACGGUGAGCAAGGAGAAGACGCGGAUGUCGUGGCCUGUGUUCGUGCAUCCGCGGCUAGAGUACGUCGUCGCGCCGCACCCGCGCCUCGUCGCCGGCGAGAUCCCUGCCAAGUACGACUACAAGGCCAAGACGUUCGAGGACUACAUGUACUGCAAGAUCAACAAGCUACCACAGUAA